CCAUACACACAAUGUGCGGGUUUGAACAGUAGCAGACUGGAGUAUCACUACGCAUCAGAUUAACCCCACGUCACUAUUGACCAACUUGUUGCGCAGCAGCUAUUUCUAACCUCCUCUGCGCGCGCUGGGCUUCAUUUUCUGUCCAGCAAGAGUCAAGACAGAUGGAAGAAGCGGUGGCUUUCAAACCUUACGUUUUAUAAUGCGUAUGUUACAAGAAGAGGACGCUUUUGUGUGGAUUUGAAUGAAGUCCUGCAGCCCUCAGUGAAUGUUUGAGUGUCUUUAAUAUGAUCAGAGAGUCAUGAGCCGCGGAGCAGACUGGAGCCUCAGCCUCUUCUACCUGACUCUGCUCCUGGGGACCAGACGCAUGACGGGACUGGCUGACUUCUCAAAUUACCUGUCCAGGAUCAUCACCAGUCAUUCUGCCCAGGCAUGUGACGGACAGCCACUGCGUCUCCACUGUCCGCGUCACUCCACCAUCUCCAUCCAGACUGCGUUCUACGGGAGUGGGGAAGCCAAGCUGUGUAGAGCAGACCCAGACCCCCCGCUCGGAGCCCACAACCACAGCUGCUCUGCUUUCACUGCUCUACAGAAGAUGCUGUCGGAGUGUCAGAGCCACAGAGAUUGCCAUCUGCCUGUCAACCACCUGCUGUUUGGGAAGGACCCCUGCCCUGGCACUACCAAAUACCUCCAUGUGGACUACAAGUGUAAACCAACUGAACACAAAAGACACGUGGUGUGUGAGGGGGAGACCAUGAUCCUGCGCUGUAAGCGCCCAAAGGUUCUGAUCGUCUAUGCAGCUGUUUUUGGGAGAAGUCUGGGCCAGAUUUACACCUGCCCUUCACACCUGACAAGACCACCCUCAUUUGAGUGUCUGAACCACGAGGCUGUGCACUCGGUGUCUACGUCCUGCUACAGCAAACACAAGUGUGCUGUUGUUGUCAGCAACCAGACCUUCAGGGACCCCUGCUUCCCCGGAACCAGGAAGUACCUCAGCGUGGUCUAUUCCUGUGUAGUACCACAGACUUUACUAAGAGAGGCAGACCCUGACAUAUUCAGCUCUACCUCAUCUCCUACUGUGGACACAGAAAAAGUUCCUCCUGGAGAUCUGAGGAAGCCUUUUCCAAAAGAGUCAAGAAGGCCUGACAACUCAGGAGCCAUUAUGAGCAACUCUCUCCUGACCUACACCUACAUCAAAGAGCAUCCAGAAAUGGCAGCGCUGCUCUUCACCUCCAGCGUGUGUGUGGGUCUUAUUCUCACUCUGCUGGCUGUAUCAGUGCGGGUGACCUGCAGAGUUAAGCGCUCCAGAGAUCACAGAAUAAAACCAAAGUGUGCUAGCCAGGUGGUCAAAAGCCAGGAGCAGGACGAUGAUGAUGAUGAUGAUGAUGAAGAUGAUGACGAAGAGGGAACAGAAAGCUCUUUAAUCUCAGCUGCAGACAGGAAGGCGAUAUGCGACUGGGAGGGAGUGCCUUAUGUGAGCGAGGAUGCCGAGCGGGCGGAGAGGAUCGAGCGCAGGGAGAUGAUCAUCCAGGAGAUACGGAUGAACGCCUAUCUCAAUGGCAGCUCAUGUUAACUUAACAGGGAAACCAAUGGAUGCUGUUCAGCACCUUCAGGAUAUGUUCAGGAUUCUCUGCAGCAGCUCCCAGCCGUUCAUUAUGAACAAAACAAGUAACAUUUUCUUCAUUCAUUGGAUAGCAGUUUGUUUUGUGUUCGGACAUUUUUGCAGGAGCACUCAUUCAGUAAAAAAUGUAAUGUUGGGUAAAAUGCGAUACGAGACAUUUUUUAAAAAGAUCAACAGGAUUUCAUGCUGUAAAAUGGGUGGUCACAUAUAUUAUUUAGUUGUUUAAAAAAGUUUGAUAAAUUCAGAGUCACCACUGAAGCAACGAAAGAAUGUGUCAGGGAGUGGGAUUGUUCAUAAAACCUAAGUUGUUCUCAUCCCAUAACUUUCUUAGUUUUUGAAUGAAGCCUUUCCAUCACAGACAAAUCAAAAAAAGGCACAUAAUAGUGUUUUCCCUACAGAAUAACUACAGUAGCGAUUGGUAAAUGUGGCAGCUGUUCAUACCAUAAACCCAGGGUAUAUGUUUCAAUUUCAUUUUCCAGAAAAACUGUUUAUUUAAAGAGCCAUCUGCAUUCAGUGUACAAAGUGUUGUUACAUGUUUUUUGUUUUUUUUUAAAUCCCGUUUUCCUUGAAACCCACCACACCUCUCUGAAUCACUGCAUCCACUCCGUCAACAACUCAACGCAGUGGAAUUAAACACUCAUUUUGAACCCUUCAAUUUCCUCAUCACUGCGGGGACAAGAGCUGGAACGACAAACCGCUGUGUGGCAACUUCCUGCCUCAGCACAGACGUUCAUUAAAAGGUGUGUGUGAGACAAAGAGAGGAAAGGUGUAGCAUCCUUGUCCCUGGGAUGUAACACUGUGUUCUAAUUUAAUCACUACCUCUGAGCACAGGGGUGGACUGGCCAUUGGGAAUACCUGGGCCGGUCGGACAAUGCACUAGCAACCCCCCCCCCCCGUUGACAAUUGACUAGCGGUACCGAGUUGGGCCGGUCGGCCGGUCGAGUUUCCCGGGCUGAAUUUUAGUCCCAGUCCGCCCCUGUCUGAGCAUGUGUGAAAUGUCAACAUGACGUUAAUACAUAAAUAAUCCAUAAAAUGGACAAACAUGUUUAUACACGGGCACAUUUUGAAAAACAAUUUAUUUCACAACAAUAAUGUUAAGAGAAUAUCUUAAAUGUAUUUCAUCUGCACAGCUUCAAUAAAAAUGAAAAUUGAGGUUAAAAACAAUCA